GCGGACAGGCUGUUCCUUAAUGCGCAUGCGCGGCGAGAUGUGGCGGGCGUAAUAAGAGUAGUGCGGACGUAGUUCGCGUCCGUUGGUCAGCCCUGUAAAGGGGACUGUGAGGCAGCGCAAAAAUGUUCCCUUGAAUUACUAGCGAGCGAUCUAGUUCUCUCUCAACUGUAGAAAGAUGGACAGUGAGGUGCAGAGAGAUGGGAGAAUCUUGGAUUUGAUUGAUGAUGCGUGGAGGGAAGAUAAAUUACCAUAUGAAGAUGUGGCAAUACCACUGAAUGAGCUUCCUGAACCAGAACAAGACAAUGGUGGUACAACUGAAUCCGUAAAAGAACAAGAAAUGAAAUGGACUGACUUGGCUUUGCAGUAUCUUCAUGAAAACAUUCCUCCCACAGGAAACUAGUCUAUCUGUGAUGCUUCAAGCUGUAGUUUUUCUGCAAAGUGUUUCUGGCAACUCUUCAUCAGCUUAUGUUAACCUGUUUUAAGAUCAACUUUCUAGUCCUAAGUCAGUGAUCAGAUCCCUUGAGAUAAAGCCAACAGAGCCUUCACAGCACUAUAUAACUAGUGUAAUCAUUGACAAUUCCUUAAGGAGUUGCUCAGUUAUUAGGGUUUUUAAAAAAUUAUUUCUCAGUAUCAGGUAUUGUGAUAUCAACCAGUGAUGUGGAAUCUGAUCACAGUAGUACUGAACACUAACAAAAAUGUGAGUGAUUAAUGUCAGCUUCAGUUUGCACUUGGGUGUGAAGUUUUUUUUGUGUUGUGUGGCCUCUCCCCGUUUCUCUUGUUGUGUGGGGUCACACAACAUGCUGAAAGUAGAACCUCCAGUUCCCGGCAAGCACACUCCCAACACAAGCCGCAAGUUCUGGAGUGUCGUCCAAACCCAGUUUGGGUCCCCCGCACCACCCAACAUCUUUAACCUACAUUUUAAGUUGGAUGGCGAAUUUUGGGUGCAGAGGGAACUUGGCACUGGCAAUCCUGUUUGGCAGGUUCAGACGAAAUGCCAGGACUGGACUUGUGGCUUGCACCAAAAACUGGCGAUUCCGCUUCCGGCGUGUUUUGUGAAGUGACCCACUGUGUUGUACUGGACUUGGAGAUCAGGGUGGAAGAGACGGUGUGUGAACUUAUGAGUCUGCUGCACAGGAAGAUAUCUUCUGAAUGAGAUAAGAAUGAGGUGAAAGGAAUUGAACAUAAAUAUUUCUAAAGAGGAAAAAAGAGGCAGUUCUUGAAGUUUACAUGUUCUGAUUACAAAUUCUCCUCCCAUUGCCAUCUCAUAGUUUGUUUAACAUUUAUUUUCUCUGAUUUCUUAAUAUUAAAGAACAUUCUUAGUA